CUUGCUGGUGUACAAGAAAGAAUAGUCGCUAUGUCCGAAACGGCGCCUGUUGCAGCUCCUGCUGUUUCUGCUCCUGACGCAAAAGCCGCCGCUAAAAAACCGAAGAAGACGACACGGGGCUCUAAAGCCCGCAAGCCGUCUGGUCCCAGCGUGACAGAGCUGAUCACCAAAGCAGUGUCCGCUUCCAAGGAGCGCAAAGGGGUCUCGUUGGCGGCUCUUAAGAAGGCUCUGGCCGCCGGAGGGUACGAUGUGGAGAAAAGCAACAGCCGCAUCAAAGUAGGACUCAAGAGCCUUGUAAGCAAAGGUACUUUGGUGCAGACCAAAGGCACCGGCGCCUCUGGUUCUUUUAAACUCAGCAAGAAACUGGCUGACACCAAGGAAAAGGCGCCGAAGAAGAAGCCAGCGACAAAGCCUAAGAAACCAGCUGCCAAGAAACCCAAAAAGGCUGCGAUCGCUAAAAAAAGCCCUACAAAAGUCAAGCCAGCGGCUGCCGCGCCCAAGAAAGCAGCCAAGAGCCCUAAAAAUAUUAAAGCGGCUAAACCCAAGAAGGCAGUUAAGAGCCCGGCUAAGGAGAAAGCGGUGAAGCCCAAAGUGGCCAAGCCUAAGCUAACCAAACCCAAAGUAGCAAAGGCUAAGAAGGCAGCGCCUAAGAAGAAGUAA